AUGGGGGGGUGGGGAGCGGGUUCCGAAGCGGGGCGGGAAGCCGACUACGAGAAUCCGGUUCGGGUCGGCAAAGAGUUUGAGAAGCGCCUCCCCAAGAUGGAGAAGGACAAAAAGCUUCGUGAUUCCCCUCUCCCAGCCUCUGAAGAGAAGCAAGACCCUCGUGGCCCCGGUGCGGGUCACAACAGGGAUAUAAUUCCCCGAACAGGGAAUGUAAUUCCAUCCCUCCUCUCAGUUGCAGAAGACAAGAGCAGAAAGGACCUAGGAUUUAAGCUGGUACCCUCUUCCCGGAGAAGCCGUGGGAGGCACGACGGAAGCCCGAACUCCAAAGAGGAAGGAAAUCGAGAGCCAGGACCUUCCGGGCCCCAGAAGCGAGGCGCUCCGGAGGCGGAAGGCGCUACAAAUCCAAAGAGGUCCCGCAAGAGGGGGAAAAGCAAGUUGGCCACGCUCCUCAAGGGGAAGAGCCAAGGCGUGUGCCCUUACUGCGGGAGACGCUUCCCUUGGGAAGCUCGCCUCGGCCGGAAACAGGAAGAAGCGGGAAGGCCGUACAACUGUGGGAUCUGCGGGCGUGGGUUCGCCCGGCCCCUCCUCCUCAAAGCCCACCUCAAAUUCCACACCAAAGCGACGCCCUUCUUCUGCGGCCUCUGUGGGCAGACCUUCAAGGAGGUGGCUCACCUGAGCGCCCACCUGAGCGCCCGCACCCAAGAGGGUUGCCACCGCGGCCCGCGCUGCCCGAAGAGUUUUCCCCCGGUGGCCCAGCUCACCGAUCACCCGCCAACCCACCGGGGCCUCGGGCUCUUUAGGUGCUCCAAGUGUGGGAAGAGUUUUACCCAAAGAUCCCGCCUCCUCCUCCACCAAAACGUCCACCACGGCCAGAAGCCCUACUUCUGCCUCAGUUGUACCCAAUACUUCCAAUUUCAAUCCAAGCUGGGGAAACCUCUCUGCCCUGCCUAGGCGGGAAGACUUUCCUUUUCCUGUCCAGAGAAUCACAGCUGGCCUUUGGUUUUUGGUUUUUUUUUUCGGUUGGGGCUUUGAGCCUGAGCUCAGAGGAAGAGAUGGACCUCUGUGGGAGAAAGUGGGUGGGCUUGGGCUCUUUAGGUGCUCCAAGUGUGGGAAGAGUUUUACCCAAAGAUCCCACCUCCUCCUCCACCAAAACGUCCACCGCGGCCAGAAGCCCUACUUCUGCCUCAGUUGUACCCAAUACUUCCAAUUUCAAUCCAAGCUGGGGAAACCUCUCUGCCCUGCCUAGGCGGGAAGACUUUCCUUUUCCUGUCCAGAGAAUCACAGCUGGCCUUUGGUUUUUGGUUUUUUGGUUGGGGCUUUGAGCCUGAGCUCAGAGGAAGAGAUGGACCUCUAUGGGAGAAAGUGGGUGGGCUUGGGCUCUUUAGGUGCUCCAAGUGUGGGAAAAGUUUUACCCAAAGAUCCCACCUCCUCCUCCACCAAAACGUCCACCGCGGCCAGAAGCCCUACUUCUGCCUCAGUUGUACCCGAUACUUCCAAUUUCAAUCCAAGCUGGGGAAACCUCUCUGUCCUGCCUAGGCGGGAAGACUUUCCUUUUCCUCUCCAGAGAAUCACAGCUGGCCUUUGGUUUUUGGUUUUGUUUUUUUGGUUGGGGCUUUGAGCCUGAGCUCAGAGGAAGAGAUGGACCUCUAUGGGAGAAAGUGGGUGGGCUUGGAAGUGAAAUGAAGACCAGUUCUGGUCCUGGCUCUCUUUUCCUGAUCCAUUGUCUUUCCGGUUGAGAGAAACCAGCGGGAGAGGAAAUUGGGGAAGGAUGGGAGCGAAUCUCU